AUGGUUGCUAUUAAGAAUCUCACGGCCAUCCUUUUGGGUGUUGCCAGUGUGGCAGUCGCUCUGCCCGUUUCUAGCCUGGUCGAGACUCGUGACAUCGCCACCAACGACCAAGAUCUCCUGGACAUCCGCGCCCCUCCCCACCCCGGUCAUCUUCAGCGAUCCAGGCCUCUGCUGGGACAUGGCCGCCGUGAUGAGGAGCUGCUUGAGGAGCGCGCUCCUCCCGCACCUGGCCACCUCCAGCGAUCCAGGCCUCUGGGACAUCACCGCCGCGAAGAACUCGAGGAGCGUGCUCCUCCCGCACCGGGCCAUCUUCAACGAUCCAAGCCUUUGGGACACCACCGUCGUGAAGAACUUGAGGAGCGUGCUCCCCCUCACCCCGGUCACCUCUCGCGUGCUAGGCCUCUCAGCCACUACACUCGUGAUGAACUCGAGAUGCGUGCUCCUCCCCGUCCUGGUCACCUCUCGCGUGCUAGGCCCUUAAGCCACCACACUCGUGAUGAGCUCGAGAUGCGUGCUCCUCCUCGCCCUGGCCACCUCUCGCGUGCUAGGCCUCUGAGCCACCACACUCGCUCUGUCCCUCAUCCCGGCCGUCUCCAGCGCUCCAAGCCUCUCAGCCACCACACCCGUGAUGAGGAGACUCUUGACGUCCGCGCUCCUCCCCGCCCUGGCCACCUCUCGCGUGCCAGGCCUUUGAGCCACCACACCCGUGACGAGCUCGAGAUGCGUGCUCCUCCCCACCCCGGCCACCUUCAGCGUGCUAGGCCUCUGGGACAUGGCCGCCGUGAUGUGGAGUUGCUCGAGGAGCGCGCUCCUCCUCACCCCGGCCACCUCCAGCGUGCUAGGCCCUUGAGCCACUACACUCGUGAUGAAGAGUCCAGCGAGGACUUCUUCUAA